AUUUAAUAUUUUCACACUUUGUUUCGCACUUUUAAAUUUUUAUUGCCAGUUUGCAUAGUUAGGAAAAGGAAAACUGAGGAGAUCACAAGUGAGUCACUGUUUCUGUCCAAAGACAAUUAAAUGCAGUUGACUUUGAAACUGGUGCCUUGAUGCCAGGUUUGUGUGGCUUUAUUCAUUUAGUUUUUUAAUUUAUUUUAUCUGUGUGAAGCAAAUACAAUUUGUGUGAAACAGUUUAGCUGGGAAUUGAGAGAAUUCCUUACAUAGGAAGGCUAUUUUAGUGGGAGCAGAAAAUGAAUGAAGCUUGAUAUUUGCAGCAAUACCAAAGGAUGUGAAGUUAGCACUAAGGAGGGGAAGAGGAAUUUUUUUUUUGUCCCAGGGUUCCACUGCUCAGUGUUCUGAGACUAAUUAAUCAGUAAGGGUGUCUAAUUAAAAAGAUGACUGUUCACCAGCUGCCACAGCAGGCUGGUUAAUGGACUGAAACAUUAGAGUAUUUUUGUAGGAAAUAUUUGUGUUCAGAAUGCUGCAUCUGUUUGUCCUGAUUGAAAAUGGGGGAGUUUAGGCCUCUGUAGCAAGGAAUAGUUGGUUUCUUUUUUGCAUAUUUAUUUUGUCUCCUUACUAAUUAGGAGUUGUGUCCCUUGACUUUUAAAGGAAACUGAUAUCAAGGAUGGCAUAGCAGUAUGCUAAACAAUUGUAAAAGAUCCUAUUACAUAAGGAUAUUUUAUUAUAAUAAAAAUGUGGGGGGGGUUUUCAGUUGACUGAAAAGAGAAAAAGCUAAUACCUGUUACUUUGCUUUUUGAACAAGGCACUUGGGCAUUAGGCAAAAUAAUUCUGGAUGAACUGAUCAUUUUUUCUGAGUUUCCUGUUUCUUUGAAAUUCUGUACAUAUAGGCAGUUUCUUAGGUUUUACUUUUCUCCAGCUUUUCUCAAAGGAUAAGGAUAGGAUGACUGUUACUCAACUCUUCUCUUAAACUGAGAUCAUUCAUUUCAUGGCAAGUAGAGUCUUGAUAUUUUUGUGAUGUAAUGUGGUAAUGUGGUUUGUAGAGACAAAUCAGCUCCUGCUAGCUGGAGUGAUAGGAAGCUUCAUUUUUGGUGUAAGCUGAUCUGUUGGUGCUGACAGUUACAGUCACCUACUUUGAAUUAUUUUAGUGGUGCUGUAACACUGUGGGACAAUAAAGUAUAUAGGAACUGAAAAUACUUACUAGAAAUCAGUGAAAAUUUAUUGUCUCUGAAGAGCAGAAGUUGAUACAAUUUUAAUUCUUUAAAUAGCUUCAUUUAAAUUCAGACUUCAGAUAAAAGGUUUAGUUUAUGAUAAAUGUACCAGGGUACCUAGUUUCACAGCAAAUGUUAAUAUUUCUCUUACAAACUCAGGAAUAAAAUGUCCCUAAGGUGAAUUUAAUUUGCCAAGUUUUGAUUCAUUUAGCACUCGUCUGGAGAAAGUCUUUCAAUUUUGUGUGCACAAAAGGGAAAAUCUUAUGCUAAAUCUUCAUCUUCAAAGGAAUUCAGCAGUUUAGUGACAAGUCCCUCAGGAAAUAAAGGAGGAGCAUCAAUUAGUAAUUUUUAUUUUUAUGUAAUCUAAAUUUUAAUGUUUCUGCAUGAUAUUUGAGGUGGAAAAUAUCACAGUAGUAUUUUAUUUUCAGGGCCUGCAUAAAAUUAAAAAAUAUUCUGCUGCAUUAAGAAUUUUUCUGCAGUUUCUUUUCCAUACAUAACCACAUAUAAGAACACUGAAAUAACACUACAAUUCCUGGCUCUUGAGGUGAUGUAUGACCUCUCUGUCCUAAAAGUCACACCAAUUGAUGCAUUUAUUCUGCAGGGUGGAGCAGAAAUUAUACUGGCAUGUGCCCUCUUGUAGCCUGUUCUGUUUUUUCUGUGUGAAUUUAUGAUCCAUUGUCUGCAAACCAGGGGAGCAGAGUUGCCCAUCAUUUCAAACAGUGAUAAAACCAAGGGAGUAUCAGUAUUAUGGCCUGAACAGGUUUAAAUGAAGAAGAAAGAAGAGUUGGAAGAAUUGAUAUUGCACCAGAUAGUGUCAUAAGCUCAGGAUAUAUGAAUAUUGAUGCAGAUAACAAGUGGUUUUUAAGUAGGAUGGAACUGGGAUGUGUCAUUGCCUCACUGUUCCCUCACAGUGUGGUAAGAGCUGCUAGGACUUGGCACCUCAGUGGUGGUUUGAAAAUCCCUGCUAUUCCUUCCUGGAUAAAACAUAAAUAGAUAUCCCAGUUGAAUUUGAACGUUGGUUUGUUAGUCAGUGUUGUUUUCCUGUAGCAGUAAUGAUGCUAAUGGUGAAAGAGCAGCUGCAGUAGAGACAUUUUACAUCCCUGAGUAAAACUGGAUUGUUUUAGAAAUUCCCUGCAGGGUGUGUUUCUUUAUGGAAUUCUGUGGGUGUGAUCUUCCCUGUUAGCACGGGGCACUGCUUACCUGAAGGCAAAGGUAAUGUCUGUGUCCACUGCCAGAGCUGAGAUUGCUGAGGGAUAAUUGUGUGUGAGGCAAUCAGCUUGCUCUUGGUAUUCCUCUUUCCUCUCCAAAUCACUUCCUAACCAGCCUCUGUUUUCAAAUGAAGAUUGCAUAACUGGCAUUCAGGAGGCUGCAGCACCCCAGAGCUGGAGCUUUAGAAAUCUUAAAUCCCUUUAUUGGAGAGAGCAAACCACCUUUUCCUGACUAUUAGUUGCUGAUUUCAGUAUGUUGGUGUUUGGUGCUGUAAAAAUUAAAGAAUGCUCUAAGUGCUUAGAGAGGAAACUAAGAAUCCAAAUAUUAGCUGUUUAAAGUCUCUUAAAAUGCCUUUGCUAACACCAAUACUGGUGGUCAAGACUUUAUUAAAGCAUGUUUUACCAUAGCUGUGGACAGCAGUUCAGAACAGUCGGAGUAGUAACAAACCCAGCAAUGCUUGAGCUGCCUGUGUAGGAUAUUGAAGUGUACCGAAGUGAUGAACACAUCUCUCAAAUCCAAACUGGAAUUUGAUAUAGGAGUGAAUUCUGAACCUUUACAUAUGACUUCUUCAUGAUAAAACCCCCAAUGACAGGGUUACUUAUGCAUUCUGUAGGAUAUUCUUCUAAGGGCCUGAGCUAGUAUUGAGAUAGAUUUUACAGUAAUCACUUCAGAAGAGAUUAGAAACCUUUAGAUCUUUACAGUCUGUAUCCAUUAAGGAAUUUUUUCCCUUUUCAGUGAUGAGUGUGGUCAUACAAAUUAAGAGUCAUAUCUCCUGUCAGCAGGCAAAUUUAAAACUGCUGAGGUAAACUAACCAGAAGGAGAUUGUUUGCAGUCUGCUAUUACAUAUACUCUUUCUAACAAUCUUUUAUGUAGGUUUUUGUGGACACAGACAAAUAUUUUGGCAGCUAGGAAUUUUUUCCUUGCUGAGGGUUUUCAUCAGUUGCUUUUUAAACUGACAACCAAAUGCUGAUGAUAUGGAGCGUCACAUAUUUUAAUCAUAUCCUGCAUAUGACAAAGCUGUCUUCUGAUGGGUGGUUUAUCUUCAAAGCACUUUCAAAAUACAACCUUUUUUUUGACUCAGUAGUACAAGAUACAGCCUGCAUUAAAAACUAAAUAGUCAUUAAUGGGGAUUGCAGUUUCAGACAGCGUGCUUGCCAAAAGAGGUUUCUUUUACUGCGUGUUCCAUCUCUUUUUUUAUACCCUUACCUAGCAUUUGCAGGGCUAGUCACAUUAAUUGGGGGGUUUUAUUUAGAAAAUUUCCUUCCCCCCAUUUCUCUCAGAGAGGAUCACUGUUCAGGUGUGGUGUCCGGGUGAGAUGGGAGCAAGCGCUGGGGCUGGGCAGGAGGGAUGGCUGAGGCAGCCUUAGGCUGGUUAAUGUAACAUUGCAGUCUAAUUACACUUUUUGGUGCCUGUAUGGCAGAGGAAUUGGAGCUGCCUUUUGGAACCAUGCCUCCUUUCUUUCAUGAGUUUGUAAGUGUAAUUCCAGAAAGUUCUUCUGGGCUUUGUUGUCACUUGUCUAGGAUUUCCUUUUCCUUUCUGUAAAGACUCUCUGAUUCUUCUUUAAUGGACAUUUGAAAAUACAUAAACACACAUUAGGGAUAAAAUACACCCACAAAUGCUAGAAUGAGUAUUCUUUGGUGGUGCUUUUAUACAUGCAUGUAUGUGUGUUCAAUGCAGAAUGGCUGCCCCUGAUAUUAUAACAAGAAUACUGAUGCUGAAUGCCAGCAGCGGAUGUACACAGCUGGCAGUCAAGGAGUUAUAUUUGGAUGUCUGCUCAUUUAUUUUGAACUCAAAGCCAUAUAUUUCAGGCAGCCAUGCACUUGAUUCAGUUUAGGCUAUUACACAAUGAGGAAGUUAAUUUCAUGGAAAGCUCAGAGCAGCAAUAGCUGGUUGUCUUUUCAGGAUUGUCUGCAGUGUCUGGUUGAGUCAGCAACAAGCCUUGGAAACAGGCAGCCAGGCUCCUUUAGCCCAAGCACAGACACACUUCUGAAACUUGGAUUUAAAGUCUUGAUAUUCCCAUGUCUAAGAUUUAUCCUGACUCCUGAAAAUAUUUGUAGAGUGAAUAUUGUACAUGGAGUUUCCUUUUGAGAAGCUGUUGACUUGGUCAUAGAUUAGGUAAGAUAUUUAGCUACAUAAUUUACAUUUCUAGAAAUGCUAGCUUCACAUGGUACUUGAGAGGGGAUGAGUUAACUGUGUGUCCAGCCUCAAGGAUUUAUACUGGGGCUGGGGAAGCCAAAUUACAGAAAUCCACUUGAAUUUUCAGUGUUAGCCUUGUUGCACAGCCCUGUGUAUUAUCUGAAUUUCCAGUGUACAUCUGAUUUUUUGCUGCUAUAAGGCAUUCAUCUGAUUCUUCUCCAUUCAGUGCAAGCAAAGACCCUGACUUUGAGCUGUAUUUUUGGCCAUGCUAGUUCUGCUCACUGGAAGCUCUUGUGGAUUGUGGUGAGAGACCUUCCAUGUAGGUCAGAAAAGAGAUAUGAGUACUGCUAGUAGCAGCCUUCAUUUUCAGUACAGUGAAGCCAAAAUAAAAGGCACAUGCUGUGUUACAAUACAGCUUACAUUGGGAUCCUUGCACAUGCUAUGUACAUGGUUUAAGUGCAAAUAUUUCCAGCACAAGUUACUGUUUCUAGUCAUAAUUUCCUGAAGUAUCUGUUAAAUACUUUGCUCGUUAUUAAUUAAGGCUUGUCUCAGUAUGGCUUUUGGAAUAUUUCACAGUGCACACAGUACUGUUAAUUUUAAAUAGAACUUUAAUUUUAAGUAGCAGUUUUGACAGGCUGAGAAGUAAUGGAUAGAAGAAGAGUUCUCCGAGGUUGAAAGUGCUUGUAUAAUUAGGAGCCCUGUAAUGGUCAUCAAGGAUGUAUCAGAAAUUUAAAGAUAUGAUUAUCUUAUGGGCACCUUUAUAAUUCCAUAUAUACAGAGACAGAACUCUGCUGCUUCAGACAAAUCAAUUUUGGUACUUCCUAACUUUCCAAUACUUAAUUUAAAAUCAUUAAGUAACCUUGGUCAUGGAAUCCUAGAACAGCUUGGGUUGAAAGGGGCUUUAAAUCUCAUCUUCAGUCCACUCCCUGCCAUGGUGGGCAGAAACAGCUUCCACCAGCCCAUGUGGCUCCAAGCCCCAUCCAGCUUGGCCUUGGACACUUCCAGGGAUCCAGGGGCAGCUUCUCUGGGCAGCCUGGUACAUUUUAUGGAUCUAGGUAAGGUCACUGCACAUCAGAUAAGUGGUAAAAUGUAUUUGUUUCUUCCUCCUGUGAGAACUUGCAAUGUGUAAUUUUCUACUCACCUUGAGAUGCUCCCUUGCAUUCCUUAGAGUUCUCUGGAAUUGUACUAAUUGUGAUCUCUAAAGCAGAAUCCCCCCCAAAAAACCCAACCUCUACUUGUCUCUGAAGCUCUUCCUGUAAAUUGAGUCAUAGAUGAUACAUUUUAAGCCAGCAGAAUGUUUGAUUAUUCUACUUUUGACUGCCUUUAAAAUUCUAGUUGCCAUAACAACUUUAUUUCUUUAUUUUUAGCACAUCAGUUGCCAUAACAAUAAAAUAUAGCUUUUUGAAUGUAAUCAUUUUCCCUUACUUUUUUUUUGCUUUGUUUUAUAAAGAACCUUCUUGGGGGGAAAGGAAAUGUGCUAAAGCUCAUCCCCUGUGAGCACUUGGGUUAGAACGUUAGCUAAAAAAUAAGGCUUUUUUUUUAACUAGCCUUAUUCCAUUUCUAUGGCAUUUUUUUCUGACUACUGAGUAUUUUCAUAACUUAGACAGAAAAAUGAAUGCAAAUCAUUUUCUGCAAAUAAUUUUUACUUGUUUAAAACCUUUCUUUGUAAAAAAAUUGCUUUUCCUCAUUCUUAUUUCUUUUAGUUUGUGUUAUUAGAAAACCUUAACUGCUAAAUGGAUAAUUUCUAAGAUUUUUUUUUUUUUUCAAUAUACAUAAUAUCUGUAAAGUCACUGAGUUAGAGGCAGUGUUUUGUUCAGCAUGUUUGGGGCAGUUUGAUGUGAUAUAUCUUUAAAAUGUAUGAACAAAGAGAUUGACUUCCAGCUUCAAGACAUAAUCUUGAGCAGAGGGGAGAGGUUUAUGUGUGAAUUUAAUAUUGGUGAAAGAAGUUGGCUUUGAAUGUAAUCUGUAGAUUUGACUUCUCCAUUUCCUGAUAGGGUCCUUUCCAAAAGGGUUUGUUAGCUAUCAGUGUUGUCUUUAUAUUUAACCUCUUCUUAGUUCUGAUCAAGUACAUAUUUGAUUUCAAUUUUUUUAAGAGAUGGGAGAUAAUGUCAGGUUUGGUAUUUCUUCUAGAAUAAAUGAUUUCUCAGCUCACAUAACAUUUUACAUGUGCCAAUUUCUGGCUAUAAAUAUAAAUGUCCUCAUUAUCUAAUAAGGCAAGAUUUGCUAGUUAUUGGAAGUUGAAUGUAUUUAGAUGUCAUUAAUCUUGAAAAAUACUUAUGUAUGACUUUAUAAAUUUUAAUUAGCUAAUUUUUAACUCAGGGCUGUGGGGGGGAAAGUCAGUAAGUCAGUAAUUCUUGCUUUCAGUGGCAUUUUCCUAACACCUCUCAUUUUUGGAUUCCAUGUCUGUGAGUUACCCAGGAAUGUACUUCCACUGUUAUUGGCAAAAUUUUCCCUGUAGAUCAUUCUCAGCAGGAAGCUAUUCCUUGUCCUUUCUCAUAUAUGGAUAUUGAUGCAAGUGUGUUUAGAUCCAUGCUGGAGGAGAACAGAAGUGAUACCUCUUCAGCACUUCCAGCUGGGAGGAAGAUUUGGUCUAAAUGAAGCUGAGCUUAAAAUCCAUAAAAAGAAAUUGUGCCACCCUUCAGGUUAUAAAUAGUUAUCGUGCCAUAUCCUUCUCACGUUCCUCUUUCCUGUUUCUUCACAAUGUGGUAGAAUAGUAAUCCUGAGUAACACUUAGUUUAAAAUAGCCUUAAAAAUCCACUGUUUACUUUGAUUAUUUUUAGCUUUUUUGUUCUCAAGAAGUAGUGGAAUUGGGUUUACUGGGAUUUGAGGUUGGUACCACCUGCUUUUCAGUAGACCCUGCACUAAAACAAAUUAGCAGCUCUUUAGUUCUGAACUGAUGCUGCCCAUACCAGCAGUUGGAGCUGUGCCUUCAUCCCCUAAAUGAUCCUGAUUGUUCAGUGCUUUUCUGAGCCACCUCUCGUGUCCUUGAGGAAGAACUAUUUUUAAAGAAAUCUAUUAAAGGAGCAGUUUAGGGUGGAAUGUGUCAAUUCUGUAAUCAACUAAACCAUAAAUUGUUGGUGUGAGCAGGCAGUUGUUUCCAGCCAGCCUGUCUGGGUUAGACUGGGUGUUCUGGGGGGAUGUUCUGUGGUGGUUUAACCAAGCCACAUCCAUGGAGAGGGGAUUUGAAUCUGUUCUUGCUGUCUGAGUGAGUUUGUCACAUAAGAGCUUCACUAAGAACUAGAAGAAAGUACUUAGAGUACUAAGAAGAGAGAGUUAGACUGGAGUGGAACUAUUCUGUGGUACAUCCAGACUUCUGGUUUUGAAGGACAGGUGUAUGUGGGUUCGAUCCUCAUGUUCUUAGUAGUUGCUUUUGCAUGGGCCCUACAAGUUGGCUGCCUAAUUAAGGCUGCAAUAAAUUAUUCAUCAGUUCAACUCAUUAAAUGAAAAUUGCUUGCCUUUUAAAAGGUCAUGCUGUAGUUUAAGAAAACUGUUUGGCUUUCAGUGUGUGAAAAAUUGAAGCAGGCGAUCACAAUGUUUGGGAUUUUCUUUAAAUAGCUUCAAAAUUUCUUAUUCUAGCACUGCUGAAAUGGAAUUACUGCUAAUACUGACUGAGCUUUUGCUCCUGCCAGGCAAGCUGGAAUCCUUUUCAACAUGCACUUUCUUGGUGCCCACUUGAAAUAUGCUUUUAGAAUACCAAUAUCUAUGGAAUGUCAUUCGUGGCUUGACACAGACGAAAGUAUUAGUAAAAGUACAACUAUGUCAAAAUAUGUCUCUAAAAGGUUUGAAUGAAUGCAGUACUAAAAUCGUUUGUAUUAUUUCGAAAUAUGAAAAAUUAUUCCCAGAGGAAAGGGCAAUGCUACCUGCACUGUGCAGACUAUUCUCUAAUCUCAGCACUUCUUCAUUUACAGUUCUCCUAAUUGCUUUUCUCCUGUGAUUUAAUAUUUUAAUCGUCCCUUGAAAGAUGGGAGCAAUGGAAGAUAGUAAGUUGGUGUUGUUUUGCCAGUACACUUUUCUUGCUCUUUUUUAAGCUGCUGCUAGUGUAAGUGGCAUAUGCAUGACACUCUCUGAGGGCAUGUGUUUAUUUUUUUUCAUACCACCCUGAGUUUAUCUGGUGCUUCUUAUCAUAUAUGGUCAGUCAGUAAAUAGCAUCCUUCUGGAGCUUAUGUGCUGCUUAAAACAAAUGCUCUUUGGCUCCUGAAAAAUGUUAAUUAUCACCAUUCAGUUGGCUGCACAGCAUUUCCCUGAAGUAAAUUCCCUUCUUGAUUGAUAGUUUAUUGCACAGAGUUUUAUUUCCAUCGAUUCAGGGCACAGGAGUUUGGUGGUAUUUGUCAUCUGGAUUGAGCUUGUAAAGUGGAUUCAAUUUGUUGUAGGACCAUCAAUAUCAUCUUGAGGGAAGCUAGAAUUCAGAAAUUCAGAAAAAUAUUUGCUUUGUAUGCAUUUUUGAAUGGCACCCCUUCCCGUAGUGGGGAGGGUUGAAACAAAAUGAUCUUUAAAAUUCCUUCCAACCCAAACCGUUCUGUGAUGCUAUGAAAAAUAAUCCAUGAGAUCACAGGCAGUAAUGUUUAAAAGGAGAUUGUAGCAAUUUUCUCCAAAAUCUUGCAUAGUAUUUAUUAAAUACAUGAAUAAUAUUAGGAGUAAUUUGAAAGUUUCAAAGUUUAGAAGCAUUUGGUGUAAUUGUUGCUUAACAGCAUGAAAAGACUGCUUGAUAAACUUGCAAAUGUGAAUGCCCAUCUCUUUCUACUGAGCCACAUAAAAAAUUUAUUUGCCCAUUUCUUCUUGUUCUGCAUCACAGCAUCCUAAUUACCUAACACUUGUGUGAUACGGGCUAAUAUUUGCAUCAUUAGGAACAGGGCUGGAAAAGGACUGAGCUGUGAGUGCAGCAGAGGAUCAGGCUGAGCCUGAGCCUGCUGGAGUAGCAGUAGUAAAAGGGAAAGGGAGCAUUAGCUCCCUUCACAUCUCUUGACUUUUUAGAAGGCUACUGCCCCCUUGCAUUCUCCUGAACUGCCCCCACCCUUGACUCCAAAUUAUACCAGCCUCUUCCUUCUGCCCCACCGUACAGAACCCACUCUGCUGCUGCCACCAAAUCCAGUUUUGCCCUAAUGCAGAAAAGGCCUGUGCUGGCUUUUUUCCUGUACCCAAGAGGUGAGAGCUCCACGAGAGCAUCUGCAUUUCAGAGCUGCAGCUGUGUACCUGGUGUCUCUUGAUCUUUGUUGCAGCACCAGGUACCUGAGCCAUAGCACUGUAAAAGGAUUUAUGGCAUUCUUUAGGAUCAUAGAGUGGGAGGCAGAAGGAAAGGAACUUGUCUCUGAUAGUAAAUCUGAAAAAUUAGUCUAGCAGGUGGAGAAAUGGUUUAAAAGCUUCCUUCAGAGCUGACACUUGUGGGUUUUUGCCACUGGCCCAAGUGUGUUUAGUCUUGAUGAGGAUGAGGACGAACCACAGCAAGAAAAAUUCUGAGCUGAUGGUGAGAGUCACAGGGAGAGUGGUCAGACAUUGGAACAGGGGCCCAAUGUGAAAACUCCAUUCUUGGAGAUGUUCAUAGCUCAGCUAAAUGUAGAACCCAGCACAACUUGGCUUAAAUUUGGUGUUGGCUCUUAGAACUUUGUCCCCCCAAAUUUGGAGCAAGACAUGGGGUCAGAUGAUAUCCACAGGAUAUGAGGGGUUGGAGAAGCCUAAGCUUGUUUUGAGAGGAAAAGAAUGGGUUUAUUUAUAAAUAUAUAGACACUUCUUAUAUCUCAUCAUAUGCCUGCACUGAGGUCACAAUCCCCGUGUGUUCUGUGUGAGCGCGAGCUCUCCGCAGGUUUUAAAUAGACAGCUGUAGUGGGUGGAUCUGGGGAAGAGGCUUUAUAUUCCAAAUAACAAAUAGAACAGAUUUCUGCCUUAAAUACAGCACUAAUAUGACUUCAUAGAGCAACUUCAAACACCAAUAUGAUGUAGAAAACCCUAUCUACGCACACAUACCCACACACACAGUUUUUAAGGCAACAAAUUAUUUUCCUUCAUUCUCUGCUACUUUUAAGCUGCACUACAAAUGCAAGCUUUGUAGAAUAGAAUUAUUCUGGAGGCAUUAAAUACAAAACCAGGGUGUCCAUAAGAUACAUGUAAAAGUAAAUGCCAGAGUUAGUUAAGAAUAAAAAUAAAGCAAACUGAACGAAACACCUUUAUUCUUUAGGCUUAUGAGAAAGUGUAUAAAAGAAAAUAAUACUGUAAAAUAACAAAGAAAAAAAAAAGAGUUGGGUAGAAAAAAUAGAGGUUGAUGAGCUCGUAUGUGUAUCAACACUGUCAUUCAGGUCUGCAUCUAAAUAAAUAACUACUGUGUUCCUCAUCCCACACUCAGCUGGACCUCCUUGCUCUCAUCAAUGCCUUUCAGAAAGAUUUUACAGAAAUUAUUGUUGUCCAUUUAAUCCAGCUGACCAUCCAAUAAUUUAACAAGGAAAGACUUCAAACUAGAAAUGAGUGGUGUGAUUGAGAUGCUGCUUUGUGCACUGCAGGGAUUGCUUCUAUCAGUCUUGUUUCCUUACAACAAAGGAUUUAGCAAACAAAUAUUGCUAUUCCUUUUCAAACAGAAUGAUUAAUAGAUUGUUUUCUUGCUUGCAGCUUCUAAAUCUCCUUCCAUAUGGACUUUUUCUCUCUGAGAAGCUUUAUCUGGUUUCCUUUCAGGGUCACACAUCACCACUGCUUUCACAGCCUUGCUUUGCAUGUACAGAGCUCAUGCUCCUACCACAUCCCCUCUGUUUUCAGCAGGAUCAGAUGGUGUGAGCCUUCUGCUUUGUAUGGUGAUUUGUAUUGCUUGUAGCCGAUGUAAUUUAUAAAGAUGGUGAGGAAUUGCUCCUUCUGUUGGGUUUGAAGAGUGCUCAGGUCCACCAGCUGGAUGUAACCAGCUGUGGGAACGUGUGCACCAUGUAGGAUGCUGCCUUGAUGACAGUAAGGCAAUUCUUCCAGUAGAACUUUUCUCUUUCUCACUUCCUUUCCUUAAAACACAAAUUAGAAAAAAUCCUGAAGCAGCUUUCGUUUAAAACUCUGCCAGAGGCCCAAAUGUGCCUCUAAUCUCCAAAUAAAAGAUUUCUCAUAGAGCUUUUAACAUGCUGUCUCUGAUAGAACAUUCUGGUAUUGCUACAUUUUGUAAAAUUCCCUCUGUAACGGCAUAGUUUCAUCAGGACUAGCUGAUUUCUGAUUACUUUUCACUUACCUCUAAAUAUACAUAAAACAGCACAACUUAGUGCUGUUAGCAUGGUGCAGUUUACCAAGUGGCUGAGGUGAUAAAGCCACUAGCAGCUUGCAGCAUCACUAGUUUUUUUGGUAGUGAAGGAAGACUGCUCAUAUUCCCAAAGAAGUCAGACUUCCCUGCUUUUGAACCCCUUUGUCCCUUCAGUUAAAAUUUCUUUGGAGGAUGCAUUUUACCUGCGUCUAGAACCAGCCAGCAGAGGUUGCCAUUGAUUUUCCUGUUAUCUGCUCAGCAGAGCCUAGACUUCUCCUAGCAGACCUGAAACAUAUGGCUGCCAGGAGUGCUUGUUCUCAGAGCUGAGCACUCUGGACACGCACAGCAGGCACCAGCUGGGCUGACCUGAGACCAAGGUGACUCGAUGGUCACUGUGACAUUUGGAAGCUUCAGUAGUUACCAGUCCUUAAAUUUGUGUGGAGCAGGAUGUGCUGAGCACGAAGUUCCUGUCAUCUGGUGUGUCAGGCUGUACCUUUGCUUAUCUCAUGCCCCUGUGUACCUUUGGGGCUCCCUAAUGUCCAUUUUAAGGUGUUUUGGCUGUUCACAUCCCUGGUGCCAACCACGAUCUGACCUAGGGAGAAGUGCUGGUCACUGCCAUGCCUAUGCACGCUGUUUGUUCUCCUCCUCCCCCACAGGAGGAGUGGGAAGAGGAGGAAUAAAAACUGCUCCCUAUUGUUCUGCUCUGGUAUGGACAACUGGGGCUUAAAGCUGUGCUCAGGGUCUAAAUUUAGUCAUUAAGUCUGUUGUUACAGCCAUUUACCAUGCUGAGGUAUUGAAGAUAGUUUAAUUUUUUCUUAAAUCCUCUGCUAGAAGACUUUGGAAUGAUCACAUGCCCUUGCUGCAAACCACUCUUACACUGCUGCAGUUUGUGCUGCUUCACAUUGCUACAGACUUGUCAUUCAGACUUGGACACUGGCUCCAGGCAAUACUCGAAAUACAAGAUGUUAACUCAGGAGCAGCUUAUUAAAAUUUUGCCUUUGGUUUGCCAUGGAGCUAGAAGGACUUAAAUCACUGUAGUUUCUAAUGAUGUGGUUGGGUAAAGCCUCCAAGACACGUAUUUUGCUGGUCAGUAGCCAAAAAUGCUGUUCUGUGGUUGGUGUUUUGGUAUCUAAAUUUGCUGUUUCAGUGUCUAAGGAUGCAUGGAGUGUCUGUGAGAUAGCUUUGAUGCUUGUACUUCUGUGACUGGAUUUAUUUUUAGGAAGCACAAAGUAACCAAAAAGUUCUGUACUUCAUCAGGGAAUAGCUGCAUUUGUUUGCAGGAGUAAAGAGCUGAGUUAAUGGGUUCAGUUUGGAAAAUAAUGCGUGACAAGUAUUUGUAUUUAAACUUACGUUGAAGCUAUUAGGGUUCUGGUAAUACUGGUACAAUAUCAAAAAUGGGUACAGGUGAGUUCUGUAACAUAAAUAUGCUAAGUUUGGAAGUAAUUAAUUUGGGGAUGUAAUUACAAAGCAGGGGGUGUAAUUUUGCCUUCUAAGGAAGACUAGAAAAUUUGUGUGGCACUGUAGCAGAUAUUUUACCAAGCUAAACCUCAGCAGGUGAUCCUUGAAAGGUGAGUGCCCAAUUAAUAACAUGGGAUUGUUUUAGCGAUCAGUUUCAGUGGCGCGGUGACGGUGGUUUAUUAGGCUAUGCCUGGAUUAUAUAGGCACAUCUCUCCGGGAGGGACGUUUUGCCUUUCUCCUGAGGCGCUCGCAGCGGUUCGGCAGCCGCGGGUGCCCGGCUCGGUGGGCCCGCUCCCGGUGCCGCUCCCGGUGCCAGCGGCGGCGCCAUUGGAUGGGCCGGGAGCAGGGGAGCGGCCGGCCCCGCUCCAGCGCCCGGCGGGCUGCGGCGGGGAGGAGGAGGAGGAGGAGGAGGAGGAGCAGCGGGCUCAGGUGCAGGCAAUCAUCGCACGGGGGGAGCAGGGAGGCAGCGGCAGCCGCUCCAGCCGCACCGCGGUAACAGGACUGACUCGCUGACAAGUAUUGGACAUAGCGGCUGGUGAGGAUGCGUGUAGGUGAGAAAGCUUCUCUAUUGCUUUAGCCGGGAAUUGGAGAAACGAGUGAUUUUAUACGUGCUCUGUUGCUUAUAGACAAAGGGAGCAAAUAGGCGGAAAUAUUCGGGGAUGUUAUAAAAUGUGAAAGGACUUUCUGUACAGCGUGGCAGUGCACGACAGGAAAUUAACUCCAAAAAGAAUGCUUUCUCUCAAAGUGCUGCGACAGAAUUGAACAUUUGGCUUUUCUAGUACCUGAAAUUCGUCCUGAAGACACGGCAAGGACUAUCAGAAACAUCAGAGAGAUCCUGGUACUUUUAAAGAGACUUAAAGCAAAUGCCGGCUGAAUGACCUUGGAGAUGAUUUUAUGUGGAUUCAUUAAUUUUCACUGCUGGUCUUCUAGUCUCAGGAACUCUAGGAUUAAUGAUGGUUUUAACGUUUUAGGGGCCUUUCAAAAAGCAAGAUUGUAUACAUUUAAUUACCUGCCUAAUGAUUCCUGAACUAAUCAAGCAUUUACUUAAAACUGAACACAGAAGAUGCUUUUAAUGUUUUCUCUCUUCAUAGCUGUGAAUAAAAUGAGCAAGGUAAUGUCCUGCAAAUUGAAGAACAAAUUUUUUAAGCAACUAUUUAUUAUGCAGAUCAUCUAAUAAAUCUAGAAACCUUAACCCCCUGAGAAGAUGAAGCUGAGCAACAGAAUAAUGGAGUAGUAAACAAUGGCAGCUUUUCUAGUCAAAUCAGCAUUUCAUUAGCUUCCCAGCAGAAUGCAGAUGGAAGUUUCUGAGCUCGUUGUGUGGGGUUUUGUGAAAUGAUUCAGUAGUUGCUACAGAGGUGAGCAAUAUCAUGGAUAUACCUAUGAACUCCUGGGUACUGAUCCACUGUAGUAGAUAUGGCAGAGUUUCUAAAGAUGAUUCUUUUAAAUUGCCAUUGCUGAAGUUAAAUUCAAGAGGAUUUAUUUUGUCAGGGGGGACACUGAAUUAUGAUUCUGGCAUUUGUAAUUGUAAUGGACUAUAACUGUUUAAAGGAACUGUAAAUAUUGACAUGAGUCUCCAAAAUCUAUUUUUAAAUUAUUUUCAUUUUUAAAUGAAUAGACAUGAUCUUCCUCAUUGUAUGUGAGAUGUAUGUUUUCUUUCUUGGGAGCCAGAGGACAAAUCUCCUUCAUCCCCCACCUGUCUCCCCCUAAAUAAAAUUCAUUAUUCAUACCCAAAUAGUGGUGAGUCUAUUGGAAUUAACCUUGACAAAGAUGUUUUCCUUACCUUUCCAAUGAAUAGCAUGGAUAAGAUGGAGUACCAUCUUCUGAAUCGAACAAGAAAAGACAGCAUUAGAGGGUGAACUUUUUUCUUUAAUCUCCAAUCAGUCUGUGAUUUAAACUGAGACAUAAAGAUUAUCUCCACCAAGGUGUGCCAGAGGUGAUGCACUGAUGCUGAGGAGGCAUCAACAGCUAUGGGACUCUAAUCCUCUCCCAUGUAAGCACUGGCAGUGUCUGCAAGGAGAGACCGUGAGACGCUGAAGCAGAGUUUAGCUGCUGUUCAGCAGGUCACCUGCUCACUAAGGCUCAGAUUGCACUGUUCCCUAAGCACAAAACAUGAACCAGUCCCGAUGGAUUGAAUGGAGGACUCUGAAUAUGAGCAGUAGUGUUAUGAACAUAUCUGAGCACCUCUCCUGCCCUCUUGGAUUUGGUCACUACAAUGCAGUUGACAUCUGUAUCCUUGAGACAGUCGUUAUUGUCUUGCUAACAUUUUUAAUUAUUGCGGGUAACUUAACUGUGAUAUUUGUUUUCCACUGUGCUCCACUCCUGCAUCAUUACACCACCAGCUACUUUAUUCAGACCAUGGCCUAUGCUGAUCUUUUUGUUGGAGUCAGCUGCUUGGUUCCUACUUUGUCACUGCUCCACUACUCAACAGGUGUCCACGAGUCCUUGACUUGUCAAGUUUUUGGAUACAUCAUCUCUGUGCUCAAAAGCGUAUCUAUGGCAUGUCUUGCUUGCAUCAGUGUGGAUCGCUAUCUCGCCAUAACAAAGCCUCUCUCCUAUAACCAACUGGUCACACCUUGUCGCUUGAGAAUCUGCAUCAGUCUGAUCUGGAUAUACUCUUGCCUGAUCUUCUUGCCUUCUUUUUUCGGUUGGGGAAAACCUGGUUACCAUGGAGAUAUUUUUGAAUGGUGUGCUACCUCCUGGCUAACUAAUGCCUACUUUACUGGCUUUAUCGUGUGCUUACUAUAUGCUCCCGCUGCCUUUGUCAUAUGUUUCACCUAUUUCCACAUCUUUAAAAUUUGCCGGCAGCACACCAAAGAGAUCAGUGACCGCAGAGCUCGAUUUCCUAACCACGAAGGGGAUGCUGCUGGGGAGGCUGGGCACAGCCCCGACCGCCGCUAUGCCAUGGUUUUGUUCCGGAUAACCAGCGUGUUCUACGUGCUCUGGCUCCCUUAUAUCAUAUACUUUCUGCUGGAGAGCUCGAGGGUGUUGGAGAACCCGGCACUCUCCUUCCUAACUACGUGGCUUGCUAUAAGCAAUAGUUUCUGCAACUGUGUGAUAUAUAGCCUCUCCAACAGCGUUUUCAGGCUGGGACUACGGAGACUGUCAGAGACAAUAUGUUCAUCUUGCGUGUGUUCAAAAGACAGGGAUGUACAGGACCCUAAGCCAAGGAAACGGGCUAAUUCCUGCUCUAUUUAAAGAGAACUGGUGCAUGUAAUCAAAUGCUGAGUUUUGAUAGUAUUUGUGGUAUCUGGAAACUUGCCAGAGAGAAAUGUUUACUUGAACAGCUUGCCGUGGUGUUAGAGUGAAUUCAAAAGGGAUCCUGGAAAAGGCAAAGGCAGCUGUAAGAAGGGUCACUGAACUCUUGUGAAAUUGUCAGGAGAACAAUUCAACAGAGACGAUGAAGAAAGUCAGAAAUAAAAAUCUUCUAAAGGGCAUGAAGUAACUAGCACAUCAGAGGAGGUUCCUCGUAAAACUAGUUAGUUACUAUCUUAUAUUUCCCCCUCGUAGACAAGUUGUCUGUGUCAGAGUAUACUGUAGCCUUCAGAAUUUUAAUGUAUUUAAGAGGAAGCAAUCAACACCACAGUAUGCAGCUAUCCGUAAAUUAUAUACUUGAGGACCGUAGUAGAUACUGCAGGUAAUAAUUAGCUCUAUCUUUGCUCACAUAUUGUACAAUUUCCAGUUGUACAAGAAAUCUGCAGUGCAUAAACCCUACCCUGGGCAUGAUGACGCUUUGGGAUAAACUGGCACCUUGUGGUACAACUUACACAGAAGCUCUCCCUCUCAUUUCCCCUUUCUUUCCCAUGCUGUGCAUCCCUCUAUUCCAUUGUAUGCACGUGGGUGAGUUUGAGGGCACCUGUGAGGUUACCUGAGUUCCAAAUCAUUCUUUCUGCAGGAGACAAUGGCCCUGCCUGGCUGGCUGCCCAUGUGCAAUGAUUUCUCCAGUCGUUCACUCUCUUGACCCACUUCAAUCAGCACACAGUGUCAGUCUAGUGUCCUUUAGGGUGUACUGAAGUUUUUCCUUACUGGUUCCACAGGUGCUCCUAAUGCAGAUAUGAUAAUGGCACACAGCAGUGUGCAGCACUGCUUAGAAAAUUAAAAAUAACUGACCUUUUUCUUUGGGAAAUCUAAAGAGCUUACUGUUGUAGCUGUCAGUCUGUUGUGUGAACCUCACUUGCACAUACUGUAUUUUUUUUUUUUAAGAGAAAACAUAAAUUGUGGUCUGUGCCUAAUGUUUUCAUAGCACAUGGAGUAGGUCAAUGCUACAGGAUCAAAAGAUUUACACUUGCUUUAAGAGAAAUACUUCUGUGCAGCUCUUUGUUAGACAAGUGUUCUCAGAGGAGGUAAACAAGACAGUUUGGUGUUAAAUACAGGCCGAGAGCUUCACUAUGUCCUUUUGUACUGAACUGACUUUCAGGUCCACUGAUGAAAUCUUUUUGAUUUUGCAAGGGCACACACACAUAAGGUUUGUGUAAUAAAUUGCCAGGGGUUCAGAUGCAUGCCAAUCAAUACAAUAUUUAAAUUAUAACUUUGAACCAAAUGUAAUUUUCUUAGAUGGUUAUUGGCUUUUAAAAAAGGCCCAAUUAUUGAUUAUUGGUGCCUUUUAACACUGCACUAUUAUUCCUUCUUUCACCAAAAUGCGUAUGUAAAGAUUGUGCCUAUUACUUUUUGUAAUGAAAGCUGACCACGUGUGCACACUUGUGGUUUGACUCUAGAGCUCCCUUAAUACUGUACUCUUUGUUCUGUUGAGGUGGUUCUGAACCCCUAUACAUUUUUUUAAACCUGUAAGAAAGUUGAAACAAUGGAAUAAAGCAGUAUUCUGUCAAUCAAACUCAGCCUUGGCGUUAGUUCCCUGAUGUUACACUCUGUUCUCUGGGAGAGUCCUUUUGGGUUAGGACUCGAGUGAACUAUUUCAAAUCCAAAUUUUAAAGCUGCUUACUUGAUGUCUAAACUGGUUGUGUUCUGGUUUCUGGCAUUGCAUGUCUUCAAAGUAGAUUCAAACAUGACUUCAAAAAUUCAAACAUUCCUCGAGCUGAGCUGUUGCUGAGACCCAGCUCUCAGAGAUAUUAGGGAAAAUUCAGUAGUGUCCUUUGCAUGGAUCUCAUAAUACUCCCUGUCUACAGAACUGUAUUUGCUGCCUUCUUUUGCCAAGUUCAUGUUUAUUUCAGGAGGCUCUUUUGGCUCACUGCUGCUCUGUAUGGUUGUGUAACCCUAACUCUUCCUACAAACAUGACUUGGAUUCAUUUAGUUUUGUCAUUGUUUUGUUGGUUUUUUUCCAAGCAAGGCUUAGACAGGGAGCAAUGAAAUAUCUUAUUUCUCACAAUUCACAGGGCAGGUUUCUUACCAGUAAAGUCAUUUUAUAUCUGUGCUCCAGAGCUGGCCACUCAGAGCUUCUGAUUUUCAUUGGCAUUUCUGGUGACAGGUUUCUGUGGCACCUCGUGGAAUCCAAGAAAAGUUCUAAGCAGGUGCUUAAAGUCAAACUGAUGUUUACUGAACCCAGGCUGUGUGCAGCAGAUUCAUGGUGACUGUGGUGCUGUUACUCCAGAUGUGUCAAACACCCAAGCAAACUCAUUUGGCUCAGUUGUGCCUUAGUUGAACCCUGUUUGUGUGACCUCAGGAAGUGCAGUUGAUGUGCAGCUACUUGAAGGUUUAUUGCCUGACAGUGGUGGGUAGGGCUUGGCCUCAGAGGCUGCACCUUAAAGUCUGCUCACCCUGAGGGGCACAGUCAGCAAUAUGUUCCUCUUUGCCAUCAUGUUUGGUGUGUGGAUUUGUUGGGUGGAACUAGAGAUUGCCUUUUUCCUCAGGCUGUUCUUGGAGGGAGACAAUAUGAGAGAAAUCCAAUAUGCUGGAACCAGCUUGUAGGUUCCAAGGUUCUUCACCACCUUUUUAAAGUUCUUUGGUUUGUUGAUCCCUGGCUUCAUGUUGUUGGUGCAGGAACACUACUUUGCUCCCCUGAACUCUGAAUUUCAGCUGCUGUAAAGUCACAUUUCACCCUAUUCUUUAUAAGUCUCCUGGAAUCUGUCAAAUUAAACAUCCUCAGCAAAUUUAAGUAUUGCUUUUCUUCUUUCUGCUUCCCAGGUGACAGGAUUUGACCUGGUCAAUCACAUGAAUCUUUCAAUUUAGUAUGUGUGUUUCAUUUUAUGGAAGUGUUUUCUAAACUCAUGAUUUAAAAUUUUUAUUUGAGGGAGGUUUUGUUACUGUUUACUAAUGCUGUCUGAGGAUUCCAGCUGGUGCUGAAUUCUCUUCCAGAAUUAGAAGGCUGGGCAUUUUAAUGGAUUAAAAAAGUCACAGAAAUUCUAGUCACCCAAUCUGUGACUUCUGAUUUUCAUUCUGUCAUUAUAUAAAGCUGCAUGUUCUUGUAGGAAAACCUGAUUAAACAAUGAUGGUUUUAAAGCUGGCUCCCACUUACAUGUGCCUGAAGAGCUUUAUGAUUUAUGAAAUACCUGGUAAAUAGGAGACCAGACACUGACUAAAGAAGUUGAUGUGAAAAAAUCAUUGUUGAUAAUACAGGUAAUGAAAAGGAAACAGAUGGAAAAUACUAAAAAAAAAUGAAGCUAUAUGCUUGAUAGAUAAGCAAAACAAAUAUACAUAUAUAUACAAAAAACUCCUUUAGGCAGUUAGAUUAUGUUGUGCUGUUCCAUUUCUCUUGAAUACUUAUGUUUGCAGCAUAGCAGGGCAAUGUCAAGGUCGAUUACCUUACCAUUUUUGGAACCUCAUGUCUGCAGCCUAAGGAAAAGUCCAAAAAACUGUCUAAUGGCAGCAAAAGAACUACCAGAGAAGUAUUUUUUUCUUCACUGGAUUCUAUGUGCUCCCUUAUUUUCUGGCUAAGUAAAUUUCUUCUUAAAAUACUAUUCUUUAACAGAAAAGGAAACUGUAGUGAUGAAAACCACAUUGCUAUCUUUUAAGGUUUACUUAUUGUCUUAUACUAAAAUAUUAUUUCCCUGUUUCUGCCUAAGAAUCCAUUUUGUGAUGGUACUUGGUAAAGCAUGAGGUACUAUGCAAGUUUUAUUUCUGUGCAGUCUUUAUGCUUCCUCUGUUGAAAAGUUGGGAAAAGUUGCUUUAUUGAGCUGCCUUUCACAGGUAGUUUAGUAAGACUUUUUAAAAAUCGUGGUUUUAUUUGUUUUAUGAUUAAUUUUCAUUCAUUUAGUGUUGUACAGUGAAAUAUCCUUGAGUACACUUAGUUUUUACACUCAGCAAAAGCAGUAAAAUGUCCUUUUAUGGGUAAAUGAACUUAGCAGUCAAUAUUAGAAAUCAAGAUUUAAUGGUGAGUUAUUUCAAUAGCUAUUUUAUUUCAACAUGGAGCUGUUUUCUCUUUCCAUAUUACAGCUGUAGCUAAGCACAUAAAUAUACAGAUUCUUUUUUUUUGAAAGUUCGUGUUGGGAUGCAGGGGAUCUGCAUCUCUGAGCCCAAGCCCUGCUGUUCCCAGGGUGGGAAUAUCCCUUUAGCAGCAUUCCAGCUCAGUUGCAGCAAGCUGGGCAGCACCAGGGUGCUGGAGCUGUGUGCCAGAGAGCAGUGCCAGGGUUUCAGCAGGCUGGUGUUGCUGUGGAGGAGGAAUGUCACUGAAGGUGGCAGUGGCCUCCCCAGCCAUCCACCAGGACCAGCUGAUUUGCAGAUCUUUUAUUGUCCCUGUCACCAAAAGGAGAAGUUUAAGCCUUUGGCUUCAUCCCUGCCCCCUGUUCCCUCUGGCUCUUUUUCUUAUGGAUGCAUCUUUCUACUGAAGAACUGAAUCUCAUUGAUUUUGUUGGGUUUUUUCCACUGAAAUUUUUCAUGUAUGUCAUUUGAGAGGCCAAACCAAAAACUGCUUUGUUAACUAGGUGCCAGUUAAUUAGCAGACCUUUCCAGAAAUGGCAGCAUCACUGAGGUAGUGUUUUCCUGUCAUUUGCAGCAUUGCCUGGAAUAUUGCUUAAAGGAAGCACUUUCCAAAGAUUACAUGUUUUUUGCUAAACCAAAUAUGGAGGUCAAGUAAACCUGAUUUCGCCUCCAUUUUACAUAGACAUAUACAAUUUUUUUCUAAGUAUGUACUGAAUUUAUACAUAGAUCUCAGCAUUUUUAACCAAAGCCUAUGCCAUUAUUGUUGAUGGGAUGAAAGCAAUGUGGAAGGGUAUUUAAGAGGAGCUUCCUACACACAGAUUUUUCUAGUCAUUCUGUAAAGAAAUUAUUCUUUUCCCCAUCUGAUAUUAGGACAAUCCCCUGAGCUCCAUGAGCUGUAAGUGCUAAAGGAGUGGGAUGUGAAUGGAGAAGAAGCUGUUAAUGGCUCCAUGCCCCAGCACAGCCCUGGGAAAAUACUGAAAACCCCUCAUUUUUACAUCCAUAAUUUCUUUAGGCUCCUCCUUUGUGCAAGUAGUGUGAAAGGUAGGAUGAAUCUAAGGAAACCUUAGUGCUUUCAGCUGCACUGAUGGGUGGCUAGGAAAAGUAAUUUCAGGCAGUAAAAUCUUUGUUGACUUUAUCCCAUUCUUCUACUGCCUGCUGCCAGCCUUAACCCUCUGGAGCAGACUGUGACAGCAGGGCUGCAGGGUUGCAUUUUAGCCACCGUGUGACUCCGUCUGGACAAAAAAAAAAAGGUGACUGGAAGCAAAAUGAAGCUUCUCUAAGUGCAGUGAUUACCAGGGAAAAGAGUUUCUUUUUUUUCUGUGCCAUGUUCAUCCCUGCCUCAAAGUUCACAAUCUAAAAUUGACAGCUGGCAGUGUUAGAAAAAGAGACAAACACCAAGCUUUUGAGAAGGGGAAGCUCAGAGAUGUCAGUAUCAUCAUCUGAGGCACUUUUGCAACUUGACAGCAUUAUUCUUUGUUUCCUUUAAAU